AUGAAAGCUCUUGUGCUUCUCGGCCUGGUGACUGUAGCCAGUGCUAAGGUGUUUGAGAGAUGUGAACUGGCCCGGACGCUGAAGGCUGCUGGGAUGGACGGCUUCCAUGGAACCAAAUUAGCUGACUGGGUCUGUCUGGCCAAGUGGGAAUCGGACUACAACACUAAGAAGGUCAAGAACCUCAAAGACCGAAACAACUCCUCACUCUACGGACUCUUCCAACUCAACAGCAAGCUUUGGUGCGACGACGGGCAAACUCACGAGUCAAAGAAUGCCUGCCGCGUUAAGUGUUCAGCCUUGCUGUCCGAUAACAUCCAAGCAUCCAUUGCAUGUGCCAAGAAAGUGGUCAAGGGCGAAAAUGGUCUCCGUAAUUGGGUGGACUGGCGCCACCACUGCGAGGGACGGGACAUCCGCAAAUACGUUGCAGGUUGUGGAGUGUAAACUCUGCCAAAGAGCU